AUGGCGGAACCUAUCUGUUCUAUCGUUGCUGAGGGAAUCAUCGGGUGGUUACGUUUUGAAGCUGUGAAAGAAGUAGGAUUGCUUUGGGGCGUAAACAAUGAACUUGCAGGACUCCAAGAAACCUUUAUGACCAUCAAAGCAGUACUUCUUGAUGCAGAGGAGAAGCAGGUCCAUAACCAUCAAGUUAGAACCUGGCUCGGAAGGCUUGAAGCUAUCAUUUCUGAUGUUGAUGACUUGAAGGAUGAGUUCUCAUAUGAGGCUCAUCGGCAACAAGCAAUGGCUGAUAGUGAGGUGAUGAAGAAGGUAUGUACUUUCUUCUCAACCUCAAACCAAGUUGUCUUUAGGCACAAGAGAGGUCACAAAAUAAAAGCUAUUAAGGAAAGACUGAUUGCUAUUAGCGAUGAUAAACCCUUUCAUUUGGAAGAGAAAGUUGUCACUACAGGGAGAGAGCCUACUCAUUCAUAUGUACCUGAAAAUGAAGUUAUUGGGAGGGAUAGAGAUGGAAUGGCAAUUAUGGAAAUUCUAUUGGAUUCUAAUGUUGAUGAGAAUGUAUCAGUGAUUUCCAUAGUUGGUAGUGGAGGAUUAGGAAAAACCACACCUACUCAAUUGGUGUAUAAUGAUGAUAAGAUCAAAAGGCAUUUUGAUUUAAGAAUGUGGGUGUAUGUCUCUAAUGAUUUCAAUGUGAAAUCACUAGUUGAGAAAAUCAUUAAAUCUGCAACUAAUAGGGGUCUAGAAAACUUAGAGAUGGAUCAAUUACAAAAGUUGCUUCAGAAAGAAAUAAAUGGAAAACGAUAUCUCCUUGUGCUAGAUGAUAUAUGGAUUGAAAAUCAUGAAUCAUGGCAAAAUUUGAAAAAUUUAUUAAAAAAUUGUGCACCAGGGAGUAAAAUAAUAAUAACCACUCAUAAUAUAAAGGUUGCUGAGAGUAAGAGUAAAAUGAAGCCAUACAUCUUAGGGAGAUUGGAUAAAGAUGAAUCUUGGUCUCUGUUUAAAAAGGUGUCCUUUAAGCAUGGACAAGACCCCAACGAUUCUACAAUUAUUGAAAUUGGAAAGAAGAUUGUUGAAAAUUGUGGAGGCAUUCCACUCGCCAUAAAAACAAUAGGCCGAAUGUUGUAUUUCAAGAAUCCAGAAAAGGAAUGGUCCCCUUUCCUAGAAUUGGAAUUCUCAAAACUCCCUCAAAAAGAAAAUGACAUCCUACCAACCUUAAAACUUAGUUAUGAUAAUCUCCCAUUGCAUUUGAAGCAUUGUUUUGCCAUUUGUAAGCUCUUUCCUAAAGGUCAUGAAUUUAGUGUAGAGAUAUUAAUAAAUCUCUGGAUGGCUCUAGGAUAUAUUAAGCCAUCGUAUCCAACUAAGUCGUUGGUGGAUGUUGGUCAUGAGCAUUUUAUGGAUUUACUUUGUAGAUCAUUCUUUCAAGAAAUACAAGGAGAUAUUCUGGAUAAAAGAUGUCAAAUGCAUGACCUCAUGCAUGGCCUUGCAACACAAGUAGGAGGAACAGAGUAUGUCCUUUGGCAGCCAAAUAAGAAAAGUAAUUUUGAGAAUGAUACUCGCCAUGUAUCAUUUAAUUUUCAUUUAGAUUCAUUACAACGAAUUCCAACUACAGUUUCUAAAGAAAAUAGGAUCCGAACUAUUCUUUUGCUUAGCCAAUCAUCAAGUAUAAUUGAAGGAAGACGAGGACAGUCAAUUUGUGAUGUAGUUGUGUCAAACUUUAAGUUUGUGAGAUUCUUGGAUCUUCAUAAUUUGGAGAUUAGGUUGACUCAUCUCCAAACAUUAUCACAAUUUGUAUUGAAGGAUGCCACAAGUACUUCUGUACGUAGGCGUAAUGGUGAGGUUGGUGAGCUAAAGGACUUGAUGGGAUUAAAUAACCUUAUAGGAGAGUUGGCUAUUUAUAACUUGGGAAAUGGGGAAGAUACUAGGACCGCAAAUUUGAGGGAAAAACAACAUCUUAUUUCUUUGCUUUUAUGUUGGAAGAGUGUUGAUAAUUCAAAUAUGAAGGAUGUUGACUAUGAAGCAACACUAGAAGGCCUACAGCCACACCCAGAAUUGAAAUUAUUGGUUUUACAAUAUUAUGAGGGUGUGAAGUUUUCAAGUUGGUUUCAAUCACUUACAACACUUGAAUACUUCAUUGUAGAAUACUGUAUGAAAUGCCAAUAUUUGCCACCAUUAAAUCAAUUCCUUUCUCUCAAGUUGUUGCACCUUAGAAAUGUGCUUGGUCUAGAAUAUAUUUCAAACGACUCAUUUACGUCGUCAUCUAUAGCAGUACUACCAUCCCUUGAAUCAUUAUUCUUUAUAGGAUUGCCCAACCUAAAGGGAUGGUGGAAGGAGGAGCAAGUAGUAGUUGAUAGUGAAGAAGCUCAAGAAGAUCAAGGAAGUUCUUUAGGCACAUUAAUGAGUCACAUAGAACUUUCAUUUCCUCGUCUUUCUGAUUUCAAUAUUUAUAACUGUCUGAAGUUGUCUCUUUUGCCACUCUCCCCAAAUAUCAAACUACUGAGCAUCCAAAACAAUACAUGGAAGGCAUUCCAACAGGCAGUUAUGACAAGGACCCAAACAACAAUAAAGGAAGUAGCCUCAUCAUCUUCUUCUUUGUUUCAUUUCUCCAAUCUCAGUAAGCUUGCUCUUUUCGAAGUUGAAGAUCUACAAUGUCUUCCAGAAUGGUUGAAAAACAUAACUUCUCUAAGAACUUUAGCUGUUUCUCGAUGCAUUAACUUGAAGUGUUUGUCUCACAGUAUUCAACAUCUUGCCUCCUCACUUCAAGAAUUAACAAUUGAGGGCUGCAAAGAACUUGACAUGUCCCAUGCUGAUGAUAAUGGGUUAACAUGGCAUCCUAUGAAAAGUAGUCUCCGCUCACUUGUCUUGACAGAUUUGCCUUAA